AUGAAGGUUGUUCUUCUCUUGUUUGUAGUAGCUUGUUGCUACGCUUUACCUACUCCAGAUGACUGGGAAGAUUACAAGACACAGUUCAAUAAAAGCUAUCCGGAUGAAGCAGAAGAACAGAUGCGGAAGGACCUCUUUGUUAAAAACAAAGCGUACGUUGAUGAACACAACAAGAAACAUGCAGCAGGCAUGGUGUCCUAUACUUUGGGAGUGAACCAAUUUUCUGACUGGACGGAUGAGGAAAGGAAGAAGCUUUCUGGUGGCUUAGCUCCACCUACAACAGAAAAAUCCACUUGA